AAAUUCUCUUUGUUUUUUUCAUUAUUAUUAUUGUUUGAAAAAGACAUGCCAUUGUCCUUUAGGAUUCCAUUCUUUCAAAGAGCACCAGGCACUGUUUAUUUCUGGGAACAAAAUGAGUGGUCACGUAGACAUGGAUACCAAUUUCCUAUCGAUGCCUACUUGAUUACGCAAUGGUUGAGCUUGAUAGGACUGGACGUUGGGUUUUUCCUGUUCCUGAUCUACUUUUUACCACAAGAUGUGUCUUUUGAAAAGCCAACUGAGAUUACGCCUGACAAUCUCGAUGACAUCUGGACGCAGUUUAACAGACAACACAGAGAUCCUCUUAGUUCCUGGGAGUGUAAAAUCAUGACAUUGCUUACUGUACUUGUCAAGAUGCUUAGCAUUACAACUUCAAUGAUAGAUACAGAGGAUCCAACAGUAAAAAUCCAAAAAGAUCAGGUGACUCGAAGUCGAACCUAUGUCCGAAGAUACGGGAUUCCUGUCAUAGAUAGUUUUACUGGAGUCUGUAAUAUGUGUCGAAUCAAAGUGCCAAAAAGUACGCGCCAUUGUAAAUUAUGCAACAAAUGUGUUGAUGUUAUGGAUCAUCAUUGCAAAUGGUUGAACUGUUGUAUUGGAAAGAGUAAUUACAGACUAUUUUUGGUACUUGUUGGAACUGCAUUCAUAGCAUUGGGAUGGUACUUGUAUGUUGCAUUUUAUGUUUGCUGGUCCAUCUUUUAUGACCCAAGUGUAUUUAAGCUGAAUGCAAUUGCUCUAUUAAGUUUUGGCUCAAUGCAUCCACAGUCAGAUAAUUUGGAUCUAGAAUAUCACAUCUGUGCGGCCAUAGCUUUAUUUAUUACAUUAAUAGCGUUCAUCUCAUUUGUGUCUAUCACACGACUUUUGAUAUUUCAUAUCAAGCUAGCUACACUAAACUUGACCACAAUUGAGUAUUUAACAUUGCCUGCAACAUACAAACAAAUGAUAGAUUCUGAUGACGACUAUGAGGAUGACAGUGACUAUUAUUAUCAAACUGAUGACUCGUAUUCAAGUCAGAAUGCGAAAAGACGGUUUAGAGCACAUAAGAGUUGGGCUGUUUAUCGCUUCUAUCGCACAUCUGUACACAAAAUAAGGCGUAUGUGGGUCCAAAUCAUGCGAAUGAUUAUACCUAAUUACAAAUACCGCCGCUUGAAUCAGGGACGCGUUACAGGUUACUGUUGUCCGAGCAGUAAAAGAAAAAGACCUCAAGUACUACCUUCGUCAUAUCAAAAACAACGCAAUCGUGAUGGCAGCCGUGACAAUGUGAACAUGGAAGAGUUUUUUGCCACAAGGACAAUUCGACCUCAGGAUAACCAAGAACCUGAUUAUGAUGAUGACAUGGAUUUGGAUUUGACAAUCUUGCAAGACCAAAAACCGAAAAAGAUGAGCAGCAAAGCAGCCAAAUUACUUGACAUUUCAGAGGAAGAUGUAAGAUUACAUAUGUCUGAGCAACAACCAAAAGGGGAAAAUCAUGCAUAGCAAGCAAGAAGGCUUUAUGAAGAAGACACAUUGUACUACCUAAAUCAAAGAAUUUUUAUACCCGUAAUCAUCUCACGUGUGUUGAAUCAUAUUAAAAGUUUACAAGCUUAAAGAAUUGGUCUAAAUGACAACUUAAAUAGCUCAUAAAUUUCUAUCAAAAUAAUAAUAUUCAAAUCAACUGUUUCGAGCUUUUAUGGAAAACUUUGUUUACUAU